AUGCCCGUGCUAGCUAGGAACCGCCAAGGGCACACCGCGCUCUCGCUCGCCUUGAUACCUCCAAGUAGCCCUUCUCUCUCCCAAGAUUCGAUUUCUUUCGGCCACCCGGCCCAGCGCGGCCUCUUCUUGCUAGAAAAGGGGGCUUCGCCACAUCUCCUUACCAAUUCGGGCGAAGACAUCUUGUACUGGAUUGCCGAGAACAAACUUCUCUCUGACGAGGCCACGCACAACCUCAUCAUUACAUUUCUUCAACGCAUAAACACCACUACCUCGAAGACUGAUACCACCGGAGGCAAAGCCGGCAUCCACGAAACCUACCAGCAGCACUUCCUUCCCAACCCAGGCGCCCUCCAAACUCUCUUCGCCGCCGUCUCCCGCGGAAAGCUCAAAUCCACGACCCUCCUGCUAUCCCUCGGACUUCACGAGCGCAUCAACGAACUGCACCCGGUGAGAAACUGGACUGCACUCGAUCAGGCCCUCUCCUCGGCGGAAACCAGCCGGCGCAGGCACAUUGAGCUCCUCUCAGCAUACAAACCCAACACACGGGCAGCGGCUACAAAGGCGAACCUUGUAUUCCAUGACGACCAGGGUCCACCAGCUCGGGCAGCAGAAGCAUACUACGCCUUCCCAGACGUAAUACGCUAUCUCCGGAAUGCAGGCUCCUGUCGAAAAUGCGAGAUGAACUCAGCAAGCCAUGAAGAUAUGGAUGGGUCCUACAUAAGCCAGCCGCAGGAAUGGGACUGGACGUCAAUCUAUCACACCAAGUUUACACCCGCCACACAGCCCAAUCGAGAACAGUGGGGGAUGCUGUACGCGUUGGCGAGGUAUCGCGCUGGGUGGGCGCGGCAGGUGGACGCUAUGGCUGAGGACUACGCAUACCGCGAUUGGAGGCCGGAUGUUCGGUUUAUUGAGGAUGGAAAGGAGGAUGAUUUGGUUAGGAUGAUCAUUGAUAGGAUUGGGGAGCCGAUUGAGGGGACAGAUGGGGCUGUGCGGUUGGAGGCUGAGGAUCCCCAUUUGGGGGUUGUUUUGGUGACUGUCGUGGAUAGGAAGAUCGUGGGAAAGACCAGGAUGGAGAAUCUUGAAAAAUGA